GGUCAAUUUGAACUGUGGUAUUCAACGCUUAAGUUAAAUUAAUUUUAUUGUACUUCUUUACUGGGUGGAGACAAAGUGGUCAGUAGCCCGAAUUUCAGACGUUUAGGAGCUCAUACACAGCUCAGGGCGGGGGUCUGACUUGAUGGGCCCUAUUAGUAUUCUGUCCUUUGGAUGCGCAGCCACAGAGCCACGUCAGGCCUGUAGCAACUGCUCGUCUUCUUCUGCCUCUCCAAGGUUAGAAACAGGCCCGCACGACCAGCUGGAAACACUCGAAGAAACACAAGCUGGAAUUGAGACCGCGACACCGGGAGUUAAGUUUUUUUUUUUUUUUUUUUUUUUUUUUUUUUUUGAACGUUCAGCUACGGCACAGAGACUUAAAGUGUCGGCUGCGCGCUGUGAAAUCGUCAGCGGGGACGUUGGCAGCGUUGUUUCGUCUCUGUAAGGAGGUUGUGCUGCUAUAAGAAAAGAUCGUUAUCGCCCGUCUUAUUUGUGCUUAAUGGAAACGCACAAUCAUAAAAAAUGGUUGCAUUUGGAAAAUAUCCGUGAAUGCCAUCGUCUUCUUCCGACAUCGGUGCGUCAGAGAAGACACCUCAGCUAGCUGGACUCCGGGUUGGGUGUGAAGUCUUCACUGUGCACCGUGUGCUGCUGGAGUGAAGGUGACUUGCGCCCCGUCGCAGUCAAGGCAAUGCGGAGAGGAGUCGCAGGCGCUCAUCCGGUACUUCUCUUGCGCUCUGAGGCUCGUCUGGGAAAUUAUUCGCUCCCUCUCCCACAGUAGAGAGGAGAGGUGAACAGAGCAAUAACAAUAAUCGAGGUUCAACCCAGCCAGUAGUUGGCAAAGGUGAAUUGAGCGUAAAGGAGUAGAGAAUAAGGUGAACAGUAAGGUGCAGGGUUGUAAGGCAUAAAGAGAGAAAGUGGUGGAGUUUUGGGGGGGGAGGGAAUAAGACCAAACCGUUCUGUAUUAGGGCUGUUUUAUUAGUGGAUGUGUAUGCAUGAGUUCUGCAUCGAAUGGGCGCAAAAACCGCCCCAGAUCCGCCGGGAACAUCUUCCAGAUCGGCAAGCCUCCUUAUCGAGACCCACAAAGGAGGGAGAGCACCGAGAGUACCCGCAAAGCCCAGCGCGCCGUGGCCGACUGCAGAAUGAUCGUCCAAGAAUUCAAUACACUUGUGGCUUUGUACCGUGAGCUGGUCAUCUCCAUCGGCGAAAUCACUGUCGACUGCCCUUCCUUACGGGCCGAAAUGCUGAAGACUCGAACUAAAGGCUGCGAAAUGGCGAGAGCGGCACACCACAGUCUCUCCUUGAUAUCGGGGCCAGAGGAUGGGGAGAUCCACCCUGAGAUCUGUAGGCUCUUCAUCCAGCUGCAGUGCUGUCUGGAGAUGUACAUCACCGAGAUGCUCAAAUCUGUCUGCUUGCUGGGCUCCCUGCAGCUCCACAGGAAAGGUAAGGAUUCCUGUGGCCCUCCCGGGGUCGACACUAAGACCGAGGAGAGCUCAGACAUCCCCAUCCUGGAGGACACCUCUUCCUCCCCCACUGACUGUCCUCAGCUCUGCUGGCUGGUGGCCACUGACAUAGAAAACAUAGAAAAAGAUAUGCGGGAGAUGAAGAACCUUCUCAGUAAACUCAGGGAGACAAUGCCUUUACCAUUGAAGAACCAAGAUGACAGCAGUUUGCUGAACCUGACUCCCUACCCACUGGUCCGACAGAGGAAGAGGCGGUUCUUUGGGCUCUGUUGCCUGGUAACCAGCUAAGGGCCCCGCCUUCGUGGGUAGGAGGCCGCAACAAAGACACCAUUACCCACUGUCCUUCACCACUUGUGUCUCCCACCAAUCUAUUACUGCCAUUUUCAAAUAAAUUGUCUCUUUCUCUUUUUUUUAACGGCUGCCCAUUUUAUAAUUUUAUUUUGUAAUACAAAGAAGAAUUGUAACUGCAAUGUAAUGAAAACAAAAGUCAUGAACAUAUAUUUUAAGAUAUUUUGCAACAGAUUUUCCCUUGUUUUGGUAAAUGAAGUCAGAUAUCUGCUUGUCCAAUGUAAAAGAGAAUGAGAGGUCAUUUGAAAUAAUGUCAAUGUUCAAUCACUUCCACAAACCUGAGUGAAUGAAGUGAGGAUUCAUGUUUAAAAAAAGGGAAUAUAAUUGUCAGUUUUUGUCAGAAAUAAUGUGAUAACUUAUAAAUAGACGCCAUCUGAAUAUUUGAGGAUGGCACUUGCAAAGACAAAGCUAUACCUUCGUCAGUCUAAGCUGAGAUGACAAGUUUGUGCAGAGUAAGUUUGUUGUGUAUUACAGUCUCUGUUUUCUGUUUCUUGCUGUUUUUUCUUCUCAAUGUACUUAAUUUAGUCUUCCAUAAACCAAGAACCUGUACCCAACUUUAACUUUCCAGCUUCGAAAUGGAAUAUAUGAUACAAUACUCAAAAAGAAAACUUCUUUGCACACAAUAUCUAUCUAUAAAUUGAAACAUUAGACUUGUAUAUACACAUACUCUUUACGCAAUGCUCUCUGAAUUAUUUUAAAAGUUGGAGUUCGUUAGCAAAGAAUCUGUCGGUUGGUAUGAGCAGGGAGGGUCUCCCUCUGUCUGAGGCAAUCAGUGCAGAUAGAGGGCAGGCAGCAUGGGUCUUGCUUAGUAAUGAUAGUGAUCAAUGUUUAGGGCACGGUGAAGGUACAGUAGUCAAAGCUGAUAUAGGUCAUUUUACAUUGUUAAUAAAACUUUUGUUAUUGAAACUAA